UGUCGAGAGGGUAGGCGAGGAAGCGGCGGCGGCGGCUAUGAAGCCCAGGUGGCUCUGCUUCUGUCUCCUGGCGCUGGCGACAUGGAGCGCCCGCCGGUCUGGCGCUUACUUCCCGGAGGAGCGCUGGGUGCCCGAAUCCCCGAUGCGGCCUCCGCGGGUGCUGCUGGCCCUGCUCGCCCGCAACGCGGCUCACUCGCUGCCGGCGACGCUGGGCUGCCUGGAGAGGCUCAGCUAUCCCAAGGACCGCAUCGCGCUCUGGGUGGCAACGGAUCACAACGUAGACAACACAACUGCAGUGCUUCGGGAAUGGCUCAUGAACGUUCAGAGCAUGUAUCACUCAGUGGAGUGGCGGCCCAUGGAUCAUCCCAGGUUCUACUCAGAUGAAGAAGGCCCCAAGGACUGGUCCAAUUCACGCUAUGACUAUGUCAUGAAGCUCCGGCAAGCAGCUUUGCAGUCUGCCCGAGACAUUUGGGCUGACUACAUCCUGUUUGUGGAUGCAGACAAUCUAUUAACAAACCCCGACACUCUGGGCCUUUUGAUAGCCGAGAACAAGACUAUUGUGGCACCAAUGCUGGACUCACGAGCAGCCUAUUCAAACUUCUGGUGUGGGAUGACUUCACAGGGCUAUUAUAAGCGCACCCCUGCUUACAUCCCCAUCCGGAAGCGGGAUCGCCGUGGUUGCUUUGCUGUACCCAUGGUGCACUCUACCUUCCUCAUCAACCUACAGAAAGAGGCCUCGCAAAACCUCGUUUUCUACCCUCCCCACCCAGAUUACACCUGGGCUUUUGAUGAUAUCAUUGUCUUUGCCUUUGCCUGCAGAGAGGCAGAAGUUCAGAUGUACGUGUGCAACAAAGAAGAAUAUGGCUUUCUCCCAGUGCCUCUACGAUCUCACGGCACCCUGCGUGACGAAAUUGAGAGCUUCAUGCAUGUGCAGCUGGAGGUCAUGGUUAAGAAUCGUCCCGUGGAACUUUCUCGUUACUUGUCUCUGCUUCCCAAAAUCCCAGAUAAAAUGGGAUUUGAUGAGGUCUUCAUGAUUAACCUCAAACGUCGGACAGAUCGUCGGGAACGGAUGUUGAAAACCCUCUACGAGCAGGAGAUUGACUGCAAAAUUGUUGACGCUGUGGAUGGGAAGGCAAUGAAUAAGAGCCAAGUAGAUGCCAUGGGCAUCAAGAUGUUGCCAGGUUACAAGGACCCAUACCACGGACGUCCACUCACAAAGGGAGAAUUGGGUUGCUUCCUCAGCCACUAUAACAUUUGGAAAGAGGUUGUUGAGAGAGGCCUGGAGAAGUCGGCGGUGUUUGAGGAUGACCUACGCUUUGAGAUCUUCUUCAAACGGCGCAUGAUGAACCUCAUGUUUGACUUAGAGGAAGAAGGCCUGGACUGGGAUUUAAUCUACAUUGGACGGAAGCGCAUGCAGGUAGAGCAUCCAGAGAAAGCUGUGCCCCACAUCCGCAAUCUGGUGGAAGCUGACUACUCCUACUGGACCCUGGGUUAUGUCAUCUCCCUCCAAGGGGCCAAGAAACUGCUGGAUGCUGAGCCCCUCUCCAAAAUGUUGCCAGUGGAUGAGUUUCUUCCAGUCAUGUUUAACAAACACCCUGUGACUGAAUACAUGGAGCAUUUUGUCAACCGGAAUUUGCUGGCCUUCUCAGUGGAGCCCCUGCUGGUUUAUCCAACACACUAUACGGGGGAUGAUGGUUACGUCAGCGACACAGAGACCUCCGUGGUGUGGAACAAUGAGAAUGUCAAAACCGAUUGGGACCGGGCCAAGUCCGAGAAAAUGAAGGAGCAGCAGGAGUUGAGGAAUGAAGCCAGGAAUUCAGACGUGCUCCAGUCCUCACUUGAUAGGACAGCCCGGGAUGAGUUAUGACCCUGCGUGGAUGCCUGAAGAAGGGGGGCCGGGAGAGAGACAGCGCAAGGGGAAGGUUUUCUCUUCAUCUCAGGGUUGAUGGUUGAUUCUCUCAGAUGUCAACAGUGGGGGUGUAUCAUACCUCCUGGCAGUGCCUAUGGAAAGCCUCAGUCCUUUGCAACUUGAGCAGCCUGAUACAGAAAUGGUGGUGGCAUCUUCUGCUUAGUUCUACCAUCUCCUGCUCUCCUGUUCUGUGUGUGAAUGUGGGGCAGAGGCAGUCUGGCAGUACUCAUUUGAGAAGUUUUAUUCUCUAAUAAUUUCAUCUAGGCCUUUUACAUGGAUUCUGUGUGUUGGGAGAGGGACGUGUUGAACAGAUGCAGCUCAGCUUAGCAGGUUUCGAUGACAUGAUGCUCUGUAUCAGACAAAACCAUUUCACUUGGUUUAAGGCAGUAAAAAAUAUUUUGGUUAAUUUUAUAUAAAUGUUCUUCCAAUGACAGUUUCAUAUCUCUUCCCAGAAGAAUCUUGACCUUCCUCCCCCCGAUUCCUUGGUUGUAUUAAAAUCUCAAAUAAUGGGCUACCAAAAGUCAGACCUUAUUAGUCAACCACAGUAUGUUUUAUUCAGGUUUUUUUUCUCCAGAGCAAAUGUUACUAUACUUAGGAACAUUCAAAUAUUAUGAAUCAAACAAGUGUUUAUAAAAGAAUGGUAACCAAAUCAAAUAUUUAAUAUAAUUCAUGUUGUAAAUUGUCUGUGGGGGUCUGACUUUUGUUACAGUUUCUUAAAAAUUCCCUUCUCAGCCCCAUGGGUGGUACUUACCUUCCUCAGUCCUGAAGUCUGCUACCUGAGACCUGGGAGUUUGAGAGUUCUAUCUUAGCUGUUCCUAGCAUUGUACUCUUCUGGACAGAGAGAUCUGAUGUUGCUCUUGGGAUUUGUUGGAGCCCCUCUCCCAGCUUAGGAGUCACAAGUACAUCUACCACUACUGGGACCAUUUUGGUCUUACUUUCCAUAUCCUCUGUACUUCCUCCUUCAGGCCCUGGUACUUCUUCAGCUUCUCCUUCUUCCUGUUGCUGUCACUUGGCACUGCUGCAUCAAUCGCCAUCAUUGCCUUCUGGCCCUUGUCUACUACCAUGAUGUCUGAUUGAUUGGCUAGUACCUGCCUGUCUGUCUGAAUGCGGAAGUCGCAGAGGGGCCAGAAUUGAUGGAAAGCUCUCUCUCUCUCUCUCUCUCUCUGGCAGCUUGGCUGUCCCUUUACCAUGUGGGAUAAAAGCAAGGUACAAUUUUGAUGUCCGCACCAUGGACUGAGCUUAUGCUGAUGGUACAGAUGCCCCAGAAUGUGUAGGAGUGCUUGCUUUACCUAGCAAGCCUCACCCAGAUCUUGGUGGUACGGGAUGUGCCUCUUCCUAUAACUACAUUUUGUCACAAGUUGUGUGACGGAUAACCAACAAUGCAGAUGAUAUUACAGCUCGGUGACAUCUGAGAGAAAUCUCCUCAGACAUGGCAUUCACAUGCAGGUGAGUGCUGCAGUUAACAUAAUGCUUUUUCUCUCCAGUUUUUCUUGCCUCUGUAUUCUGUACAUGAUUUGUCAAGCCUCUGGCCCCAAAUUUCUGAACAUCCUACUUACUCAUAAGAUACGCAUGCAUGUACUUGCACACAUACAAACACACACAUUAAGUGCCUCAUUGCUUCUUGCUAUUUAUGUCUGAGGAGAAAUUCUUACUCAAACUUGUAGCCCUCUAGUUAUGUCUCUCUUGGUCCCCUUUGUGGUAUGAAGAAUUUAAUGAAAUACCCAUCUUUUCCUGCCUCUGUUUUCUGACAGAAAUAUUGUUUAGCACAUAUGCUGGUACAGCAAUGAAUGAUGCAUGGGUCUAAAACACAUAUUUGGAACAGCCUUUGAUUACAUUUGUUUUGAUACUUGUAAUUACGUUAAUAGAAUUGGAUGCCUCAGACUUUAUUAAAAAACAGCUUACGAGUGAUGGUA